CUGUGAUGUGUGUCCUUCUUCUCCCUUUCCCCUUUCACCUCUCUCUCUUCACACUUCACACACUAUAUACAAACACUUCCUUUUCCAGUUUCACAUAGCAGCUACUAAAACUAGUGUUUGCAGAAACUGCACUAAGUAACUAGUAUCUUAUUCCUUCAAGUUGAAGUUGGAAGUGAGAGAGAAGAAAAGCUCAAAACUUGGCACGUGAUUCACUGACCCAAUAGGCUUGUUAGGUGAAAAAAAGUCUCUUUUCUUGGUUUCAAGAAUCCCCAAACACAGAUGCACUAAUGAGUGUGAGCCUUCAACAUUUCUUAUUGGGGGGUGACUCAAUUCAUGAAUGGGUUGCAUGGUGUCUCAGCUCGCUUCAAAGUUCGCCUUCUUCCCACCCUCUCCACCCACUUACCACCUCAAGAACCGGGACAACGACGGCAAGCUCACGGUGGUCUCCACCGCCGCUCCGAUCCCUCACGCCGACGACACCAACUUGGAUGUUCUCCUUGUUGACACCAAACAUGGAAACAAGAUCGUUGCUUUCUAUCUUAAGAACCCUUAUGCUCGCCUCACUCUUCUCUAUUCUCAUGGCAAUGCUGCUGACUUGGGUCAACUCUAUGAUCUCUUCGUUCAACUCAAGGUCAAUCUUAGAGUUAAUCUCAUGGGAUAUGACUACUCUGGAUAUGGGGCCUCUACUGGCAAGCCUAGUGAAUCCAGCACAUAUGCAGACAUAGAGGCGAUAUAUGAAUGCCUCGAGACUGAAUACGGAGUUAGCCAGGAAGAUGUAAUCUUGUAUGGGCAAUCGGUUGGAAGCGGACCGACAUUGCACUUGGCAGCUAAAUUGCCAAGGUUGAGAGGUGUCGUUCUACACAGUGGCAUUCUUUCUGGACUUAGAGUUCUUUGCCAUGUGAAGUUCACAUUUUGCUUUGAUAUUUAUAAGAACAUCAACAAAAUAAAGAAGGUCAAGUGCCCUGUAUUGGUGAUACAUGGUACAGAAGAUGAUGUUGUCAAUUGGCUACAUGGUAAUGGACUGUGGAAAAUGGCGAAGGACACCUACGAUCCGUUGUGGAUCAAAGGAGGCGGCCACUGCAACUUGGAGCUUUACCCCGAUUACAUUCGCCACCUAUCCAAAUUUGUCCAAGAAAUGGAGAACAUGACAACCGAAAAACACCUCAAGAAGAUUCGUCAGAAUAAGAAGCUGCAACCGAAAAACUGUUGUUUGUCUGGUUGUGAAUGCUGCAACAUUAGUAGUUGUACAUGCGAGUAUCCGAAAUGCUCUAGCUGCGAAUGUCCGAAAUGUUCUAGCUGCGAAUGCCCGAGUUAUUCCUUGUCCUUCAAUUGUCCUAGGUGCUGUAAACUUAGCUGUGCAAAGUGUUGCCGCCUACCGAAGCUGUCGAAUUGUUUCGGACCAUGCUUGUGCUGCUGUGGAAAAUGCUCAGGUUCUAGUUAUAGUAUAAGAUGCUCAAUGCCUAGUUGCUGCUGCUCAACACCAAGUUGCUGUAAGAAUUGUUGGUGCUGGAAAUGUUGUUUUGGAUUUGGAAGACACAGUGGCACAAAUGGAAAGCACAAUGGCUAAGUGGUGAGAACAUAAAAAAGCAUGAAGCAUGUUCAUGAUGUAUAGGUGCCUAACACUCCCUCCGGAUAUUAUUGUGCUCUGAAUGUAAAAACAUAUGAGGAAUUAGGAAAAUGCAUAUCAUCCACUGUCCCCUUUUUUUUUUUUUCUUAAUUGUUUUAUCUACACUUUUAAUUUCUUAAGCUCUUCUAUUGGAAUUUUUAACUCAUAAAAACUUUGGUGUUUUUAAUUCAUUUGUCCUGGUGGCUGGUU